UUGCGGUGUGUACUGUAAUCUGCAGUUAUUAUCACAUCAGCAAAGGAAGAAAUCGUAUUUCGCAUUAUUAAAUAUUAAAACACACAUUGUUGGAGUUGAAUUGCAAUUAUGGUGCAAACUCAAGUCAUUCAGCACGUGGUGCCUAAUGUCUGUUACCGGAAACCAAAGAAACCAAUGAAAAAUGUUAAAACAAAUUACACACAGAUACAAAAGAACUGCAUGAAAAAGAAAGCACCUGUAUCACACCCUCAAAAUACAACUUGUGAGCCUGUUUCCUGUACAAAGGAAAAGAAAACCGAGAAGGAACAGAAAGAAUCAGACGAAGUUAAAGAAGAGAAUGAUGUAGAAGAUAAAAAAGAGGAUCAUGAAAAAGUUAAAAAAGAGAAUCAUGAAGAAAUAAGAAAAUUUACAACUGCUGUGGAGGAUAUUAAGAAGAGAAGAAGAGAAGAGCGACUAGCAAAGCAAAAACAAGCUGACGAAGAAAGAGAACGGUUCGUUAAAAAUGCUGAAGAAAAGAAAGCUGCUGAAAGAGCAGAAAUAAUAAAAGAAGCGAAAAGAAUAAUUUUUUACCGGAAACCAAUGUGUCGGCGAAUUAAUCAGGGUCUCGUGGUUUCCGAGUGCUUAAGAGAAUUGGAGGAACAACUUAAAUUUCGGGAAACUAUUAAAAAUAUAGAUAAAGAGGCGGAAAGGGCUUAUGUAAAAUCGCUAAGAGAUGAUCUGGCGAAGUAUGAAGAAGAAACGAAAAAGAAAGCGGAUGCUUAUCUUGAGAAACGAAGAAAUUAUGCUACAGAAUUAAGGAUGCAAAUCGAAGAAAUUCAAAGAUCAACGAAAGCUGAAGAAAACAGAAAAUUCCAGGCUGAAAAACAAGAACUAUUAGAUACAAAUAAAUAUUUGGCCGAUGCUAAGGAACGCGAAAUGCAAGAAUUGUUGAACAAGAAACAAAGACUGAGUCAAUUUUUCAAAGACGCGAUCGAAGAGAAGAAGCAAUUCGAUUUGAAACUUAAAUACGAGGAGUCAUUCGAAGAUCGAGCGAUUGAAAUUUAUCAAAAGGCUAAAGCACGAAUCAGAAAAGCACAUAAGGAGAUGAUACUGAAGGAGAAGAAAGAAAGAGAACGUAGAGGAGAUGAAACAGGUGAAAAAUUCCGGUUAUUAGUACUCUCUCGAGAAGACAAUUUAGAGAAGAAUUUCAAAAGAGCCGUGGAAGAGCAAGAGGCGGAAUUCCAAGAAAAGGAGAGGAUUCGAAAAGAACGUGAUCUAAGAAUGAAAAAGGAAGUGCAAGAUUUUAAAACGGAAACAGCGAUCGCCAAAUCGAAGCUUCUUCAAGAAGAAAAUGAUUUGAAAACUUGGGAAGUGAUGCAAAGAUUUAAGAAGGCUCAGUGCGACAAAGAAACGGAAGUCGAGGAACGGAAACGAAAUUGGAAUAAAAAGAUGGAAUACGCUAAAUCGUUGAAGAAAUAUAUCAGUGAAAAGGAUGCUGAAAAGGAACAAGAAAAGCUUGCUGAAAAUAAAGUUAACGACAUGAGUGAAAAAAUUAUUGAUAAAGAAAAUAAGAGGGUUCUUGAUUAUGCUGAUGAAGUGUUGAAUGAAUCCAAAGGUGUUAGACCAUUGUUUCCAAUUCUCAAAGCAGUGGAGGAUUGCAAGAAAGAAAUGGGUCUAUUGCCAGCGAAAAAAAGAGAAGAAACAUUGGUUGAUACAAAGCCUAAAAAAAGAAGAGUUCCACGUGUUUGCACGAAACUUGUUCCUGAAGACAAGAUUUGUUACUUGUAGAAGAAACGUCAAGAAUCACUUGGAACAUUUUAAUGCUAGUCUUUGUUAACAUAAAAUUUUCUGAAAUAGAAUUAUUAUCAACAUUAUAAGAAAUGUAA